GUGUGCAUCAGCAGUAUUUUGAUACCGUUGCCCCACAUAUGCCGACAGCAGUGCAGCUACUAUAGAAGCCCGGCCAAAAGGAAAAAAUAUGGACGAGUGGAAAUCGGCCGUAGCGGGCGGCGACGCGGCGAAGCUCUCCGACCUCGUGCUGUUGUCGGCUGGUUCAAGCACCGACGCCGCCCUGUCGAUCCUCAAGAGCUGCGUGACUAUGCUCGAGAAGACGCAAGGGCCAAUCGGUUGGGAUCUCUGCGACAACGAUAGUAGUGAGGGUAAUCUUUUGGAAGUGACGAAGAUGAAGGAAAGGGACAGGGAAGAAAGGAGGACGAAGACGACGAUGGAGCAGGAAGGCAUGGAGGAGUGGAAGAGAGCAAAGGGUUUGAGCCAGAUGACCUUCCCCACAACAAGAAACGUAGGGCUAGGGAAGAACUGCCCAGAGAUUCUUCUUGUCGAAAUGAGGAUCAGAAUGAUGGUAGCGAAAACAAGGAGGACACUGGCCAACGCCCGCAAGAUGAAGGCCGGGACAAUGGGGCUAGCGCAAGGGCACCAACCUCAAGUGCGGGACGCCCCUGAACUUCUCCAGAAAGCAUGGGCCAGCGUCACCGCCCAAGACAUCGCCAGGUGCUUUGUCAAAGCCGAGACGCUCCCGGAGGAGAUGGCGGCUGAGCUCACCAAGCAACACGGAAAGACCCGGUUCAACGUCGCUGAGCCUGACCUGAAGGCUCUCGCAGAGACUGUCAGCACGUUGAGCACGAGCGUGCAGGACGCGCAGAAGCAGGGGUCCUGCGUCGUGGACGAGGAGAUCAGCGAACUGUUGGCAGAACUCAACAUCGAACCCGGAAAGCCGGUCGCGGGGGAAGCGGUGGCCGCGAUUCAGGGGUGGGCUACCAUCGAGGACGACGAGGAGGUCGUAGAGGCUCUACGAUUGGACGCGGUGGAAGACAUGACAGCACUGCUGGCUGGAACGAACUUGUCUACCGGCGGCGACGACGAGGAGGACGAACAGGACCAGGGCGGCGGCGGUGAGAACACGGGGCGCGAGCGCCGUGCCCCACGUGCGCCACCGGGUUAUGAAGAACUGUCGUCUCACUUCGGCGCCCUGGAAGUGGCAGCAGAGGACAGUGGCAACGGAGACGCGGCGUUCUACCUAACGAAAGCGAAGUUGUCGAUGAUCGCAGCGCAUUCCGCUAGGCGGGUGCGCCAGACAGACAUUAGAGGAUUUGUCGCGACGUAGAGUUCAUGGUUGUUUCUUUUUCUUGCGGUUCGCUUCCUGUCAUGUACUUGUAGUUUUCAUUUUUUUUUUCUUGCAACGUCGAAGCGGGUACGCCAGGCAGACACUCCAGUGUCGCGACGUAGUUUGGGGGGGAGAUACAACUGUAGUGCAGUAGUAUUGAUUUUUGUUUUCUUGCAGUGCGCUUCCUGUCGUGUUUCUUUUUCUGUUUUGUCUUUUGUAUCUUGCAACAUCGAAGGAGGGGCUCUAGGGCUGAGAUAUAGCUACGUCCACUCUGUACGAACGGGAGAUUCAC